GCCGAGCUGAUAAAAAUUGAUUCGUGUGUGAUUGUGGUUGUUUGGAUUACCGUUCUUCAUUUUUUAUCAGUGUAAUCCAAUUCAUCUUCGCGGAUAUCCUCUAUUUUAUUUCCCUAACAUUAAAUUUUAACCAUGGUCAAGAAAUCAUGGGCUCCAUUGCUUCAGUGUUACAAUGGAAUUGUGAAAAGUGUUCUUCCAUAAAUCCCACUGAACGGUCAUCGUGCAUUCGAUGUGGAGAGCUCAGAAGUGUAAACCAUGUCAUAACUGCACCAGAAAACCCGAUCAAAGCAUUAGAUCCCAAAUUAUCCGACCCUCAGAGUUGCAAAUUCUCCACUGUCUUAACUGAUUGUGAUAACUUACUGUCGUCACUAUACAGGCAAAGUUCCAAUCAGCAUGUAAAAGCUACAUGUGGGAGCCUCACGGACAUAAGCCGAUUAAACUCCAACAUAGCAACUGAUCCAAUCAAAAAAAGUAGGUUUGGUAGCUCAGAGAAUUUUACUCUCUCCUGGAAGUGUCAUUGUGGUUUAACGCAUUCAAGCCACACUGGUCAGUGCUUUGUUUGCCACCAAAAAGUAAUGGCUGCAGAGGAGAGGGCGCAAAAUUCAUAUGUGGUAAAUAUGGACGCUCAAGAAUGGUGCUUGGAAGAUCAGCCGCGUGUUUUGAAAGAACAGAAUCCGUUUUCUGAGGUGCCAACUAAAAAUUUGUGUGUUCUACACAGUGUCAAGACAGACUCUCUUGUCAACCGAUCACCAAAAAGGCAGUAUUUUUCAACAUCAAUCUAUGACAAGGUCAAAACUAAAGUGAGCCGGUCAUUGUCCAACAGUGCUGUAUUAAGGUCUAAGUGGAACUCGGAAAAUAAGGAUUACAGCUAUAGCUACGAAACUUUGCAACGACCCAAAAGCCUCAUGAUUCCUGCAUCAUUAAAUCACAGAGAUUCUCUAUCGGAAGAAAACAAAGGACUGCGUCAGUGCUCAACCUUCUCAGCCUCCUCACCCAGUAAUCAUCAAAACUGGGUCUGUCAGCGCUGUACUCUAGUCAAUUCUGUAGUCAACUCUAGGUGCGAAGUUUGCGACUCACCGCGCAAACUAUCAUUUCCUCAAUCCUCAGAGCGUAAUGUUAUUAUCUCAGUUCCUUAUUGGGACCGUCAUCAUUCUGCAUUCAAUGAUGGAGCAGACUCAUCAUUAUACCUAAGAUCUGAAAACUUUGCAGAAUCCAACUCUGAAAAUACAAGUAAUCGAUGGAAAAACUCCUCUGUGUCCAGUUUACCAGAUGAAAUUAAUUUCAGAAUUUCCAGCGUUGAUGUUUCAAGCUCCAAUCCAAUUUUAUCACGAAACAAAACACGAUACUCUUUCAUUGGCUUUGAGCCUUCACCCAACUCAAAAGUGCCAUUUUCCAAACCUUACAAUAUAAAUAAAGACUCAGAUCAGGUUCCAGGCAAUGCAAUAGAUAGGAAUAUCCUGUUGAGUAAAACUGAAUCUGAACGCAUGUGGACUUGUAUAAAAUGUUCAUUUGCUUACAAUAUGAUGCAAGCAAACCUUUGUGAUAUUUGUUGCUCACCAAGAUCACCACCUAGUCUUACAGAACCCAGUUUAAUAACUGUGAGGGAGGACACACGUCGUUCCGCGCCAGGAGAUAAGUCAAACGAAAACUUUGAUGUUAGAAUCUCGGAAGAUAUUGGUCAUGCUAGAAAUCCUAGCAACAUUAAUUUUGUUCAAGAUUCAUCAGAUCAAGGUGCUGGAAGCACGGGUGACAAUAUCAGCUCCAUCAGAAACUCGGUGAAUAAUCAUGAAAACAUGGUCAGAGGUUCAGAUAGAGGUGACACUGUUUUAAGUAGCGCUGUCAACAAUAAUAUUAAUUUUUUCCAAAGCUCUCUUCGUGAUGUUACUGAUCUCAGUUUUAGACGCUGGAGCCAUGAUGCCCCUAGUUCUGAGUCUGAAUGGACGUGCAAGAAAUGCACUUUGGUCAACUCGGCUAAUGCUAUGGCUUGCAUCGUUUGCGGAGGCUCAAAGUUACGCAGCAUAAGCUUGGUUCAGGAUGCAACUCUGCGCAAGGGUGAGUUCUGGAUUUGCUCCAGUUGUACGCUGAAGAACCUGAUGUCUUCCGAUUGUUGUUUGGCAUGCAAACACCCAGUCAACAUGGUCACCCCCACACAAAGAAGUUCCUCUCCUAAUGACUGGAGUUCAAACUCAGCCCAAGGGAGUAAUCUUGGCGCCAUUCCAAAACAGCAGCAUGUUCGGAGAUCGAAUAGUGCUGUAAGUAGACGCUCAAGUGGAAAUAUGAUGAACCACAUGCCAAAUCAGGUUUCAUCAAAUCUUGGCUCUGAAAACCAACAUGCGCUUUUGAAUCAAGUGGGUCAUGCUCCCCAGAACCAGUUGAGUCAAGCUUCAGUAAAUUUCAAGUUCUCCAACUUGAAGUGGGAAUGUCGAAUGUGCACAUAUGAAAACUCCUUUGAAGCAAUAACCUGUGACAUGUGUCAAAGCUCCAAGUGCCUAUCUUCAUCUGCUAGAGCAAGCACAGCUCAGUUGAGCAAUCAAGUUGCAUCGCAUCGAAAUGUCUCCGAGCAGAGAGUGGUUGCACGAGGUGCAAACUUUUUUAACCAUUUGAAACAAGAAAGUGAGCUUAUGGAUGAUUUGCGAAUGAUCGAAGAAACUGAAGCUUUGGAAAAAUGGAAUCAAAUUGUCUCGUUUUGUAAAGUGAAUGAUGAGCCUUUCGUAGAUGAUUCUUUUCCACCAGACCUUAAAUCUCUGUACUACAAUCCUUCGACAAUCAAAGACAACCAUGUAGUCAAGUGGUUGAGACCACAUCAGAUCCAAAUGGAUGGUGAUUCCGAUCUCGACUGGACCAUUUUUCGGACUCCACUUCCAUCGGAUAUCUCUCAAGGCAUCUUAGGGAACUGUUGGCUUCUUAGCGCUCUGGCUGUGUUGGCGGAAUGUGAGGAUCUUGUGAAGAAAGUCAUGGUGAAGAGGGAAGUUUGUGCAGAAGGUGUCUAUCAGGUGCGGCUGUGCAAAGAUGGACGAUGGACGACAGUAUUAAUUGAUGACCUACUGCCUUGCGAUAAGCGAGGACAUCUCGUCUACUCCCAAGCAAAAAGGAAACAAUUGUGGGUGCCUCUGAUUGAAAAAGCGGUGGCCAAAAUCCAUGGUUGCUAUGAAGGUUUGGUGUCUGGCAGGGCUAUAGAAGGGCUCUCAACUCUAACAGGUGCACCUUGUGAGAGUGUUUCUCUACAACCCUCUUCAUUACCAUCAGAGGAUGAGCUGGAUAAAGACCUAAUUUGGGCUCAGCUUUUAUCCUCACGCCUAGCUCGCUAUUUGAUGGGAGCUUCGUGCGGUGGUGGUAACAUGAGAGUUGAUGAAGAAGAGUACCAACGCAAAGGGCUGAGGCCAAGGCACGCUUACUCCGUCUUGGAUGUUCGUGACUUAUCUAAUGGAGUGAGGCUGGUGCGACUAAGGAAUCCUUGGGGCUGUUAUUCAUGGAAAGGAGACUGGUCCGAUGAGUCAGAUCUUUGGACUCCUGAACUGAGAGACUUGCUCAUGCCGCAUGGUGCCUCUGACGGUGUUUUCUGGAUUUCAUUCGAUGAUGUUUUAAAGUAUUUUGACUGUAUUGACAUAUGCAAAGUGCAUCGUCAAGGAUGGAGCGAAGUUAGACUGAGAGGAAUUUUACCACCCCUGUCAUCCGUUGAUCAUCUGUCUUGUGUUCUGCUUACUGUUUUUGAGCCAACUGAAGCAGAAUUCACCCUCUUCCAGGAAGGACAGAGAAAUUCAGCAAAGUCAGAACGGAGUCAACUGGACCUAUGCGUGGUUGUUCUAAGAGCACGAAGUGCUGCUACUCCUGAAGUUGGACGGUUGGUGGAGCAUAGCAAACGACAGGUCCGCGGAUUUGUUGGCUGUCACAAAAUGCUGGAAAGGGAUUUAUAUAUUCUCGUCUGUCUAGCUUUCAAUCACUGGCACACAGGCAUCAGUGACCCUGCAAAUUAUCCCGCCUACGUUUUGGCGAUUCACAGUUCAAAGCGACUGCUGGUUGAACAGAUCUCACCUCCUGCCUACAUACUUGCCGAUGCAAUUAUCAGUCUCACUCUUGCAAAAGGACAGAGACAUGAAGGCCGAGAAGGAAUGACUGCGUAUUACCUAACCAAAGGAUGGGCUGGUUUGGUUGUGAUGGUUGAGAAUCGUCAUGAAAAUCGAUGGAUUCAUAUCAAAUGUGAUUGUCAAGAGAGUUACAAUGUUGUUUCUACUCGAGGGGAGCUAAAAACAGUCGACUCGGUGCCUCCUUUGCACAGACAAGUACUCAUUGUUCUAACACAACUUGAUGGGUCCGGAAGCUUCUCAAUUGCUCAUCGUCUUACACAUCGGUUAGCCAGCUCUGCGCGUCUCCAUGACUGGGGCCCCGUGGGUAGCUCACACUGUCCUCCCAUCGAUAAACAAGUGGAAGGACUCCAUCAUCCUCGACUCAUCACUUAAAAAGUCCAUUUUCACAAUUUGUCUCGAUGUACUUUUCAUUUAAGUCACAAUUUUUGGCAAGUGACUUUUGAAUGGCUGAACCAAUUCAGCAGUAAUUUUCGUAUUUUUAUCUUACUUCUUUUUGUCUUUGGUGUACCUUGAUUUCAGUGGUUUUUUACUUAUUUAUUUUUUUUAAAAUGCUGUUAUAGUGAGAGGUUUUAUUGGUUUUUAAUACCUACAGGUACAUGGAAGUGAAUCGAAAUGCAGUUUUCUCUUUUUGUUUUUUUUAUAAUUAAAAUAACAUCAGGGAUUCAGAUAAAGUUGGUUGGAAUAUUUCCAAAUGUAAAAUCAUCAUCCUCUACAUAACAAGAGAAGCGGUAAUCAGAUUCAAAUACUAGAUUUGUGGCAGAUAAGUCACGAUUGGGGUUUAACUUGUUUUUUCAAAGGAAAAUGUUGGGUGUAUGCUCAUUAUUUUCUACGUUCCCUGUCAAAUAUUGAUUUGAAAGGUGAAGAGGUUGAAAAUUUGUUGACAACAAUUCAUCAGGAUUCUGUUGAAAGAGGAAGAAAUUGUCGUUAGCUGUAGUUUUCAACAAAAUCUUUGAAAGACAUCAAGGUACAAAAUCCAGGUGUUGUAACAAAAUGCAACUCCAACAUUACAAUUAAGCCAAGAAUUGUGUCAUUAUAUUAUUCAGCAUCAGCUUAUACGAGUAUAUGAUUGAUUGAGCACUGGAUUUAAAAGAACCUCAUUUUUAGACCAUAAAGUUUUAAAUAUUUUAAUUGACAAUAACCGAGACCUUACUAAUUCACAAAGAAUGCAAAAUAGAAUUAUACAAGUAUAUUUUAUAAUGCUAUGCAUGGCUGGUGGGUCAUGGCUGGUUUUUGUCCUGCCCCCAUCAUCAUGAAAUUACACAAGAAAGGAUCUGCAGCCAUUCUCAUCUUGUCAGCAAAUUUUUAUCAAUGUUUGAAGACUCAUUACAGCAUCACUAAAUUGAUGUUUUGUACAAACAAUGAAUUUUCAAAAACAUGAAAUUUGAAAUUCUUUUUAUGAUUCAUAAAAACUUUCAAGAUUCUUGCCGCACAGCUACGCUUUCUUUGCCAGGAGUCCUAGUGAUAUUUCUUUCUUGCCCAUUUCUAAAUUAGUCAUUAUAGUUGGAUUGGAUGGAAAGAUAGGAGUUUUAACACUAGAGAGACGUGUAAAAACCGAUUUAAUACAGGAAACUUCAUGAAAAUUUCUCCCCUGAUGAGAAUAAUACAUAACUUAUGAAUGCACUGUGUAAGUUCAAAAUUGUCAUGCAAGAGACUAAUUUUAAGACUUUUUAAGUGGCUCAUGAAACCGAAUCUCCUUCAAAAUGUAAGAGGAUUAAAAAUGAAUCCGCAAAGUGUCUCGUCACCAAAAAUUCUUCAGCUUGUACUCUUUUAUUUAUAAACAUUUUUCGUUUAUUUCUGCUUGUCUCUUUAUGUUUUAGUGUGUUUAAGUUUCAGUUUAAUGCCUCACUCUGUACAUUUGGCAUUGCUGGCCCCUUAGAAUAGCGUUUUUUAUUUUUUGUCUCAGGCACCGAUUUCCUCUGUGACUGUGACACUGACCACACACUGGCAGUGCAAAACAAAUGGAUUUAAUGAACUGAAACUUGCGAAAAACGUAGACAUCCAAAAACCUACUUUUUCUGGAGAAGGUGAAAAUUGUUGGAAAGACAAAUUGUAACAGAACCCGGGACCAUUUUCUAUCACGGAAGACCUCCUCUCAUUAUCAUGAUAACCAGUGUCCCUGAAAAAUUUGAACCAGUUCUCAGACAUGGAACUCUCUCUCUUUAAUUUGUAUUUACGUCCUUUCAGCAUAAAAAGUUCUGCCCCCUCCGCAAGUGAGAGGGGAUAAAAAUUUCCUUAUCGUGGAUGCUUGGUGGGCUUCUGCUCACCACCAACAAUAUUUCACUUCACUUCCUUAAUUUUGAAUUCAUGGAUUGUUCCUGCUCCUCUCAGUGUAGAUGUAUUCACCUUAAAAAUGUCAAAAAUUUGAUCAUGAAAAAGUUGGAAUUUUGCCUUAUUCGUCAAUCUAAAUUCAAAUGUCUGUUUGUUUUUAUCUGCUAAAAAGCUGUUGAGCAAUACGUGUCUAUGACUUGCUCAUCAGCAAGCGGGCAGUAUAGGUUCACGAGGAAAAUCAUCUCUAGGGUUUUAUGCCCCAAUCAUCACAAGGGUCUUAGAACCCGCUCUUAAGGUGAGCCACGUCAAGUCAUCGAAACGAUGAUCAGGAAGGAUUUUGGAAAGUCUUAUAGUUCCUACAGUAUUAUGCUUUUGUACCUCUCGGGCUGAGAUCUCGUUCGCUAUUUUUUUGUUUUACUUUAAGUUUUAGUUCAUUUUUUGUUAUCUUAUUUUAUAAUUUAAUUUAAUUUUCUUUGGUUUUUUUAAAGCUCCUUGUCAAACGAUUUGUAAGUUCAGUACAUUCAUUUCUCAAUUUGUCUGUGAUAUCUGCUAGAUUUUUGGAAAUUUUAAAAUAUCGACUUCUUGUUCAAAGUCUUUUUAGUGUGUAAUCUCAUAUGGUUAGCACUGGAAGAAUUCUUCUUAUUGAUUUAUUGAGCUGAAUUUUUAAACUGACUGCCUAAACAUUUUUCUUGUCACAUUUCAUGAAAAGAUGUGGAUUUAAAAUAAAUAAAAAAAAGAAAAUUGAGUCUGGUAUAUAAUCACUGCCAGGAAAAAUUUCUCACUGUUGUAAGUACAUCUUUAAUGUAUUUUUCUUUAAUAUCUAAUUUCUUUUUUUAUGACGGGUUAAAAUUUCAAUCGCCAUAAAAAUUAUUUUACUACAGCACUGGCACUUAAAAAACGGGAAAAAAGGAAGGACCUAAAAGUUCCAAAAAUUUGCUUUAGUGUUUAUUUCGCCAUUUUUGUGGUUAGUUUGCAUUAAAAAAUCACCGAACAUUUUUUAUUUCGACAGCUUUUUGAAAUCGGUCGGGAAGUGCUGUAUUAUAUUCGAAACCAGUAACAGCAAUGUCAUUUUUCAAAGUUACCAACAUUACAAUUUUGAUGACCUAGUUUUUAUGAAGUCAACAUAAAUGAGAAAUCCUCAUUCUCUAAGUAUACUUAUCCCCCUUUUAUCACAUGUAAUUAAAAUGAGUGAAACCCACGUGGGUUUUCUCUUUUCUUUUCCUUUAUUAGACCCACAGUCAUCUACUUUCCUUUUUAAGUAUUUAAACCACAGGCAGAAUUCAUACAUAAUUUAACAAGUUUUUAAUUCGUUUUCUUUCUUUUUUUUACAUUUCUGAAAGUCUGUAAAAAUUAAUGUUCUAGCUAAAUAUAAUCAAUUAUUUCUUUGAUGUCAAAUCCGAAAAUCUUGUUUGUUAAUGCAUCCUGUACACACUAUUCCGUAUUUGAUACAUACCUAGCCAUAAUUUAUUUCCGUAAAUUUAUUCUUUACUUGAUUUUGAUAAGUAUUCAAAUCUCAGUUGUCUCUUUCAAUAAGAUGCUCUCUUGUAUCAGUCAUUUAGUGCGUGAUUUUUUAUUGUUUGAAAUUAAAGCUUACUGAAUAAAGAACACAAUCUCAAUAAA